AAUCAGCUGUUAGGUCCAUCGGCCAUUACGGUCAGUCGGUCUUGGCGUCGCGGGUGUGAAGGAACGCGUCUUGUUUUUUAAGUUUAGUUUUAAGUUUAUCGCUUUUUACUUAAUGCCGGUGUCGCACAAAUUAAGCUAGACACAGCUUUAGGCAACGGCAUUUUGUAUAUUUUCAAUACGUUUACUACACACACAACAACAAACAAAAAAGGAUAAAAUGGGUCGCAGUCGCAGUCCCGCUUCACCCGCACACAGACGAAGGGAAAAGGAACGCUCCGAGCGCAAAAAGAGACGCGAACGACGCUCAAGAGAAAGAGAAGCCAUCGGCGUUGGGAGCAGUAGCAAUCGCCGUGACCGGGAACGUGAUCGUGAACGUGACAGAAGUCGCAGCCGUGACAGGGAUCGUGUGCGAGGACGGCGUUCGAGAUCCCGUUCCCGAGGUGCAACUGGCAGCAGUUCCGGGCCAUCAACAUCCCGUCGCGCCACACGCAACAAUUCAGCGGCAGCAGCUGCAGCAGAACGUCCGCAAAUCAAUGAGGCAGACCUGGAAGGAAAAUCACCCGAGGAGGUUGAGAUGCUCAAGACAAUGGGUUUCUGCACAUUUGACAGCACCAAGAACAAGAAAGUCGAGGGCAACGAUGUUGGCGAGGUGCAUGUGAUCCUCAAGCGCAAGUAUCGUCAGUAUAUGAAUCGCAAGGGUGGCUUCAAUCGGCCGCUCGACUUUGUCGCAUAGCCGGCGGCAACUAGUUUUUUUUAUAUACAUUUCUAUACUACUGCUACAUUUUUUCACGUUGCCACCACGAGAAUAAGCAACGUACCUGCAAUUUUAUGCAAUAGACCGGUUUACAAAAUUUAUUUUAAUUUGCCACACAAAAUUUCCACCACACACAAACCAAGCAACAAUUCAAAUACCUCAACAUAUUACAACUUAUAGUUAUUUAGUAGUUUAAGCGAACUUGCGUUGUUUUAAAAUUAGCUUUUGCGCGCCUUCUCAAUACAAAAGUUAAUUUUACAACAAUGGCAACACGAACAACAUCAAUCAACCAACCAAUUAACCAACACAAAACCCCCUCAAAAAACAAGUGUCACUGAAAGCUCAAUGCAAAAUGCCCUAAAAAUUACCAAUGAUCGCGGACCUACAAUUUUGUGGUAACACUAGUUGCUCGAUCGGCCGCCAUAUUUUAUUUCGAACCGUUUGACUUUGGCUUUCAGUUGCAUUUGCUGCAACGAUAAAAAUGCACACGAUUAAUGCUUUUUAAAUAUUUAAAGUAAUUACAAUUGUUUUUUGUUGUCACGAAAACGCUUACGCAUAAUACAUACACUGUGUAAGCAUUUGGCGUUGUUUGCAAAUCUAAAUCCCGCAUACGAAUUAACUGCAAAUUCAAAAUUCCCACACAGUCACAUACACACAUCCACAAUUACUUAAAGUAUUUGAAAACAUACAAACACACAAAAUACACAAUCAUCCCCCAUCCCCAGUAAUCCUUUCCCAAGAACUUCCUCCAUACGCUGCAAUAGUACAAUUUUUACAACCAAACAAAUAUAUAUCAAAUAUAUAUUUUAUAUAUAGAAAUUUAUUUAUACACACACAACCAAGUACCUACAAACCCUUAAAAAUCCCUACCGUUAAACCGAACUUAACAAUAGCCAAUAGCCAUUUGUUUAAAAUGUUAUUUGUUGUAACGUUUAUUUUUUACACACAUCAUAUAUUUACUGAA